UAAAGACAUGAUCAUAAUGAACAUUAAAAAAACAAAAUAUAUAUAGUUUUUUUUUUUACUUUUCGUAAAGAUGUAUGGAAGAUAUAUUCCAUGGACUUCAAAAGACCCUCAGUUAUAUAUUGACCCACCAACACAAAGAAUGAGCCUGUGAAGGUCAACCCAGAGCACAUUUAAUAGGGAUGGGCAGAGUGGGUCAGAGAGAGGGGGCUGCAUGUAAACGCCAAGGUGAUUAUUUAUUACUUUGCACAAAGUUUGUAAUCAGUGACAAAAGUUAAGACAACAAAGAACAAAAGGGGAUUGAAUCAAGAAGUCUGGCAGACAGUAGCGAUUAACAACAGUUAAGACAAAUUGUGAAUAACACUGGAAAUGGAACGAAUAAGUGACACUCAAAGACAGCUGUAGCAAAAAAAAAACAAAAAAACAACAAACUUCACCAAUGAGCUAUAACGUUAUGACUACGCGGGUUUCGGUGUGUGUUAUAUUAAGUGAAACUACUCUCAGUCUGAUCUGUUCACCUCGUGAUCAUCUGUUUUAUUCCUGUUCACUCUUUGGUUUCACUUCACUUUCAUCCGCCUGCUGCUGUGAUCGGCUGCAACUUUUCAUAAAGCCAACAUGAUUUUGCUGGUCUUUGCUUUGGCGUCUUUAACUUCAGCUUCUCGCCUGCUUGGACAAGACGACUUUCACUUCAAGUCAUGGAUGGCACAGCACAACAGAGUGUACAACACGCAGCAGGAGUACUAUGAGAGACUCCAGAUAUUCACAGAGAACAAGAGGAGGAUUGACAAACACAAUGAGGGGAAUCACUCUUUCACAAUGGCUCUGAACCAGUUUUCAGACAUGACAUUUGAUGAAUUUCGAAAAUCGUUCCUCUGGUCUGAACCACAGAACUGCUCUGCUACCAAGGGGAACUACAUCAGCAGCAAUGGACCACAUCCAGUCUCCAUCGACUGGAGGAAGAAAGGAAACUAUGUGACUGAUGUGAAGAAUCAGGGACCUUGUGGUAGUUGCUGGACUUUUUCCACAACCGGCUGUCUGGAGUCUGUUACUGCUAUUGCCAAAGGAAGGCUCUUACCACUGUCAGAACAGCAGCUGGUGGACUGCGCCCAGGAUUUCAACAACCAUGGAUGUAAGGGCGGUCUUCCCAGUCAAGCAUUUGAAUACAUCAUGUACAACAAGGGGUUAAUGACGGAGAUGGACUACCCAUACAAAGCUGUUGAAGGUAUUUGUAUGUAUAGACCUCACCUGGCCGCUGCUUUUGUGAAGGAGGUGAUGAACGUAACCGCAUACAAUGAGCGGGAGAUGAUGGAUGCUGUCGCCACACGCAAUCCUGUCAGCUUCGCCUUUGAGGUGACCUCUGACUUCAUGCAGUACUCCUCUGGCGUGUACACCAGCACUGAAUGUCACAACACUACAGAUAAGGUGAACCAUGCAGUUCUGGCUGUUGGCUACGGACAAGAAAACGGUACCACUUACUGGAUAGUAAAGAACUCAUGGGGCUCCAGCUGGGGCAUGAAUGGAUAUUUCUUCAUUGAACGUGGGAAGAACAUGUGUGGCCUCGCUGCCUGCUCAUCUUUCCCAGUGGUGUGAUUUUUAUAUGAUUCUACACUAAAAAAGGGAUGAAUAUUUUCUUUUUUAUCAUCCAGGGUUGUGUAUUGUGAUUGUUACUCUUUUCUUUUUUAUUACACAAUGAGUAGUCAAUUUUUCUAUGGAGAGUUUCUACACAAGGGCAUUUACCUCUACUGAAGGACAGAUUAAGCCAUACCAAGGUCAUAUACACUAUAUAAUCAGUAUGUCUGAAAUGAUCACUUAACUACCAAUCUUUUAAAUAAUGAUGUGCUUCAAUUUUGCUAAUAAAAGCUAUUUAAUCUG